CCGCAAUCCGAUACUUUUCUCUCUUUAGCCAAAAAUGCAUUGCAAGAAUUUGGUCUGCCUAGUGGGCGUUGCUGUCGCCCAGGCUAUCGAUGUCACCAUCUUGGCCGACACCAACCGUGACGGAAAGAUUGACGCAAAGACUGAUGGUCAGAACAAGGCUUCCUGGACCAAUGAGCGUGGCGCCAUCUUCCUCCCCAACAUUGUUGACACUGAUGGGCGCUGCUCAGCCAACAUCAACAUCAACACUGCCGACAACGAGCUCGAGACCUGCCAUGAUGCGUCGGACAACGUCUUGCGAAAUGCCAACUACGUUGCGCCCCUCAAGGUCCUCCCAGUUACUGGUCUGGCAAAGGACGCAAAGGGCUAUCUCACUGUGACCAACGCCGCCAAGGUUAGACUCUUCCGCAAGACCAGCAAGGGAUGGAGCUAUGUUGACGGCUCUACCACCUUUACCUCUGCGGAUCUUGCUGCUGGUCUGGAUCUGGGUAUCGAUGGCCGCGAUAUCCGUCGCCCCAGCGGCUGGGAUGGACGCGCCAAUGUCCAAAUCACAGUUUCGAGCGGUGGCAAAGACUACAAGGAUACCGUUGCCCUCCGUGUUGCCCCCGUCUUGACCCAUCACCAUGCACAGUCUGUCGAGUAUGUCCUCAUGCACAAUACGAAGAAGGAAGAUGGCUUUGACAACUACUGGACCGAAACGGUGGGCGGCGUGACAAACGCAACUGCCUGGGCUGGCAUCAAGGGCGGCCUGAAGCAAGCCUUUAGCGGAUUUGACCGCUGGUCCCAAGACUUCAUCGAGCCUGGCUACGCUUCCAUGCCUGGCCCCAAUGGUCCCGUCUAUCUGCACAUCAUCAUUCGCUCGUUCCAGUCGGAUCGUGAGGCUGGCCGUCAGGCAUUUAGUCUGCGAUCGUCCAACACAGGUGCUGUCCAGUGGCUGGUGAACGGAAACUCCCAGGACUCCGGUGGCAACAUUGAGACUAUCCCUCCCUACUCGAACAAUGGUAAGCACUGGCCCGUAGGCCGUGUCAUCUCCGGCCGACAGGAGAAGUUCCUCCCCAAUGCCUUUGCAUUCUUCAAGGCGCAAGAGGCCCAGGACGCCCUGGAGCUCGACACAAGUUGGCUCAUGGUUGGCCACGUCGAUGAGUUUAUCCAGUUCCUCCCAGCCAAGACCAACCGCGGAUGGGCCAUCAUGGUCGACGACCCCAAGCUUGGCCUGGAAUUCUUCAAGAACCUCAAGGCGCAGGGACACGGCGAUCUCAACUGGCUGUCCCGCAAGUUCAACACUGCGUACCCCAAGGGUUACCCCAAGACAAUCACCGACCUGCUCGCCCUGAACAAGCUCGAGGAGUACACCAAGCUCGCCAGUGACAAGAUUGAGGCCAACCUCAACAUCCUGAAGAAGGAAACCGGAAUAACGGAUCCCGAAAUCUACCGUCUGCCAGGACUUUACUACCUGUCGCUGGACGACAAGAGCCCUCACGAUAAGGCAGUCGCAAAGGCCAUGGCCAGUGAUUCCAGCGAUGGCGGUAAUGCUGGUGAUAUCGCCGAAGAGGAGUGGCAGUCUUCUGAGCCCGUCGCUCAAGUGCCGACUCUCAACGCUCUUCAGGCCGGUGGUGGCAGAGCAGAGGACUCCCUUCAAGCACGUGCUGAUCAAGUCCAUCUGAUUUCCAUUGGUCCCGCCGUCAUCAACGGUAUUGUCCUCAGCGACAAGCACUACGCCGCGCCCAACCCCUUCGGACCUAUCGUCAGUGGCGUUGAUGUCCUGCAGAAGAAUGCCCUCGACACCUACAAGAAACUCGGCUACGACGUGAGAUUUGUCGAUGACUGGGAGACCCUGCACACCCUUGAUGGCGAAAUUCACUGCGGUUCCAACACGGUUCGCACCCCCAAGGGAACUUGGUGGUAAAUACCUGGACGUGGCAUGUACAUUUGUGUUUCUAAAGGACAUUGGGGCAAAAACGCUCCGUGUUAUAUAGCAAUAAAAAAGGUUGUUUCU